AUGGGUCUCUUGUUUCCCGUAGUCUACGCCGCUCCGCUGAGCGAGGAGACCAUGAAUCGUUUCAUUGAGGAAAAUGAUGUUGACACCAUGGGAAGAUUUGUAUUCGUCAACACCCUUAACGAGUAUUACUCCGAGGCAUCAGAGGCACCAUUGGAAGUCGACAGCGACCAAAAUUCCCCAUUCAUCCGAAAGACGCCUCAAGAAUGUUACAAACUGCUCUUAAAGCUUCACGAGGAUACCGAGUCGGAGAUCAUAACCAACUAUUUUGCCAUCAUCGACGAGAGGUCAACACAAGACAAUACUGUACUACUCGUGUGCGCAUCUGUAGACCUUGACGCGAAGAACGAGCUUUCCAUACAUACUAUCCGCGCCUCCUUCCAGGCUUCCAUUUUCGCGCUGAUGUUAUAUGAGACAGGACACAGCAGUGUAGAGGAGAAUGAGGAACGUGCUGAACGUGCAGGGGACACUGUCUAUCGUGGGUAG